AUGCUCUUCGUCGCUCCGCUUCUACUGUCGCUGCUCCACGCCCCAGCCGUGCUUCGCCGCUCGGCUGCGCCCACCGCCGGCGCCGCCGCGGUCGGAGCAUAUUCUCCUGCUGCCGCUGCGCAUCCUCGGUCGCCGGCGCCGCGGAUGCAGUUCUUCGCCAAGGUGAAGGAGAUCAACGAGGCCAACAAGAUGAAGACGGUGACUAAGGGCGCGCCGCCUCGCGUGCGCGGCAAGCGGCUGCCAGCAGACAUCGUUGAGGAGUACACGCGGCAGCAGCUCGAGCAGCUCUGGGGCGCGCUUGUCGCUGCGUACGGCAGCGAAGCGCUCGCGCGCGAGGCGGUCUUCUCCAACCCGCAGAUUAUCAACCCGUCGUACACGUUUUGCAACACCCUGCUUCUCUCGAAAGACGUCCUCUUUGAGAUGAUGGGCAAGGAGGAGGCGCUCGACGUCAUGCUCAAGAACCCCGCCGUUCUGCAGUGCGGCCCCUCCCUCGACACGCUCGGGCCCGACGAGAUCAAGGGCUUCGCAAACAUCCGCGGGCUCGGCAACAAGAUCCCGGAGAGCGCGCGGCUGGGCCUCAUCUCCUUCACCAUCGGCGCCGCCCUCUUCCCCGUCAUCGCCACAUUGCUCGGCUUCGAGGACGCCGCCUCGGUUGCCUUCGCCAAGCCGCUGGUAGGCAUCUUCUUCUCGGUCCUCAUCGAGGGCUCGCGCAUCAUCAUCGUCGGCACCAUCGCUAAGGCGAAGCUGGCGGGCGACGAGCGGAUCGAGCGCGCGCAAGCCAACGAGGCCAGGCGCAUGGGCGGCAAGAAGAGCACUGGCAGGGCAGCCGCGCCGGCGCGGGCGCGGCGCGUCGUCCGUCUGGGUCAGCUCAAUCUGCACGGCGCGCGGCCGGUGGCGGGCAAAGAGGCGGCGCGCCGAGUGAAGGACUUGUGGCUCGUAGCCCUCAACAUCCGCCUUGAGUCGCGGAAAAGACACGCAGGUGAUGCAGGUGCUGUCCCAAAGAUGUCACGGCCGCUGGACCCCGGCGCGCCUCAUGGCGAGGCGCCGCCGGCCCCGCCGAACGGGCGCUGCUCGGUCGUGUACUCGAAUCUGCACGGCACUUUCACCACGGACGAAGAGCCGCCCCAGUUCUGGUCGGAAGACGCGGCGUCGGAGGCGGUGGAGAAGGCGGUGGAAGAGGCGGCGGCGACUGCGGCAGCGGCGGGGGAGACUCCUGUCGCGGAGGCGGAGGGGCUGCAGCUCCACCUCUCGAGCAAAAGCAGCACCGGCUACAAGUGCGUGGUCAAGCACCACUCUGGCCGCUUCCGGGCGAAGCACAGGGUGGGCGGAAGGACUGUCACCAUCGGCACCUUCGACACGGCGGUCGACGCGGCGGUGGCGUACGCGAAGGCAGUGGCCGCUGACGACUCAGCAGAUGGAGACGAGGGCCCUGGGACGCCCCCUGGGACGCCUCCCGGCACGCCUCUGCCGGACGAAGAUGACGACGACGAGGAGGAGGACGAGGAGGAGGACGAGGAGGACGAGGAGGACGAGGAGGACGAGGAGGAGGAGGGGGAGGAGGAGGAGGAGGAGGAGGAGGGGGGUGGCGGAGGAGAGGCCGGGCUCGGCGCGGCGCUGCUCGGCGACGCGCAGGGGCUGCGCCUGCACCUCUCGACCCGCAGCAAGACGGGCUUUGCGAAGGUGUACCAGCACGGCGACAGUGGCCGCUUCGAGGCGCAGCGCAGCGUGGACGGAAAGACGCAAUCCCUCGGCUCCUUCGGGUCGGCGCUCGAGGCGGCUGUGGCGUACGCGGCGGGCAAACCUGUAUGGGACGCCGUCAAAUGCUCCGGCCGCUGCGACGUCGAUUGUCCGCAAUGGGCAUGCGUUCAGCCCCAAGCAACCAAGUCGGCCUCCCAGCGCGCGGCGGGCGAGGCAGCCAAGUGCAAGACUCCUGUCGCGGAGGCGGAGGGGCUGCAGCUCCACCUCUCGAGCAAAAGCGCCACCGGCUACAAGGGCGUGCGGCAGGACGCCGGUGUCCUCUCGGGCGGAGGCUUCCGGGCGGGGCACGUGGUGGGCGGCAUUUCCAGGCACAUCGGCACCUUCGAUACGGCGGUGGAGGCGGCGGUGGCGUAUGCGAGGGCUGUCGUGAAGGCGAAGGCGGAGGCGGAGGAGGUGGCGGCAGAGGAGGGGAAGGAGGAGGAGGAAGAGGAGGAGGCCCCCUCCCCCCCCGACGCCAAGUCGAGCCCGGAUGACUUUGCGCGCUUCACCUCCGGCGCCAGGAGCGGCCUCACGCCGCCGUCCGCCCCCUCGUCUGGCGUCGCCGCUGCGCUGCUGGGCGAGGGCGAGGAUCUGGACGAGCUGCUCCCGCCCAGCCUGCAGGCAUCAAACCAGGCCCGCGCCGAGGAUCUGGCGGCGUCGGCGUUGCGGCCGAUCGCGGCGGGCAGCGGCCUGAGCGUGACAGCUGGGGAGAGCGCCAAGGCGGCGGGCAAGCGCAAGGCUGCGCCGCCCUCGUCCGAGUUUGCGCCCGCCACGGCGGGGAGCCUGCCCGCACAGCCCGGCCCCCGCCUCUCGCGAGAGGCCAGGAAGCUGCGCUUUGACCAGCCGGGCCGCAAGACCGCCUCGCCCGCCCCGCCCGCCGCCCCAUCAUCGGAGCUGCCGCGCUGCCGCUCACGCACGUCUGGAGAGCGCGGCGAGGUGCCCGACCGCAAGAAGCUACCCGCGCCCCCCCCCGCCUCGCUCGCAUCAGCGGCCGGCUCUCCAUCUUCCGUCGCCGCCGCGCGCCCCUCCCCCGCCCCUGCCGCCGCCGCGCCCCCUUCUCCCGCGCCGCACGUCGACUCGUCCCUGUCGGAGGGCGCAGCGGCGGCGGGCUGGGCGACCGCGCUCGAGCCACACCAGAAAGACUCCGACUGCGCACCGGACGGCGCGCUGCAGGACGGACCGCUGCAGGAGGGGCCUCGGGAGACGGCGCUGGGGCCCGAGGUGCCCGCCUCGCCCGCCGCAGCCUCUCGCGCCGCCGCCGCCCGCUCCAUCGCCGCCGCCGCCCUGUCUGCCGCCGCCGACCCGUCUGACUCCGCGGCCGCCUCCUCCUCUGCCGCGUGCGCUACGGCCUCCUCCGCCGCCUGCGCCGGCCACACGCCCGACGACCAGCUUGCAGAGACCGGCCACUACUGCUUCUCCGGCGGCGAGCUUGGUCUCCUCGACUCCAUUGGCCCGCCGACGUCGCCGCUAGCCCCGCCUGCCUCGCCCCUCGGGGACGGGGACGAUGCCUACUUCAGCCUCUCGCGCGCGCAGUCGCGGCAGGAGACGGAGCAGGCGCCCGCGUCGCACAAGCGGCGGCGGAGCGGCGAGGAGUGCUCCGACGACGAGGCGGAGCUGAUGGGCUCGUACCUCCCCGAGGCCAGCCUCGAGGAGCCAAAGGGCCGCGAGGAGUUCGCGCAGUCGUUUUGCGACGCGCUGUCGGAGUCGAGGGCGUCGGGCGCCUCCUCCACGGCGACGGUUGCAACGGAGAGCUGGUUCGAGCGCUGCGGCGGCACCGCUAUGCCUCCGCCCUUGCCGGGCACAGGGCGAGCCAGCACACAGGCGCGCCCGCUGCCCUAUCCGCCCGGCGCACGAGUACACGGGCACACGGGUGGUGAGCGCAACACGUCUGAGCGCGGCCGCGUGGCGCUGCCGCAGGCGCACCUAAUGGGCCUUGCGCGCUUCCCCGAGGGGGUGCACGGCGAGCGCGAGGAGGCGGAGGCGCAGGAGUCCUUUCGCGAGGCACCACCGCCGGCCAGGUCGGUCGUCCUGUGGCUGUCCGAGGUGACCGAGUGGCAGCCGUGGGAGCGCCACUUCGGCGACACAGAAGAGGCGGAGCGGCGGCCGUGGACGGCCAAGGAGGACGAGAUCAUCGUGGCCGCCGACGAGGCCGAGAUCAUCGCCUCGCUGCCGAAGCUGCAGGGCCGCUCGGACGACGCGGUCCGCAACCGCUGGUCCAGCCUCAUGUUCAGAGAUGAGGACGGGCCCGAGGUUUGGGGAGAGGAGGAGGAGGAGGAGCUCGAGCUCGGGCGAGUGGAGCGGCUCGCCAGUCGCACCGCCACCCCGGCCGCGAUGGCGCAGACACCGGAGGACAAGAUCCUCCGCAAGGGGGUGCAGCAGCUCAAGGGGCGCGGCGGCGGCGGCUCUGGCGGCGAGGGUGCGGCGGCAGGCUGGAGCGCGACAACUCGGCUGCCGCAGCCAACGCCGCUGCCGCGAACCGACGCCGCCGCCCCGCCGGCGGCACCAGCGGUUGCGCGAGGCAAGCCGGGGCCGAAGGAGCUGUUGCGGCUCGCCAAGCGGGCGAAGAAGACGCAGGAGGAGGAGGAGGAGGAGGAGGAGGAGGCGGAGGAGGAGGAGGAGGGGAUCGACAACGAGGAGGAGGCACCGAGACGGUCGGCGAGCUCGUCGGCGAGCUCAGAGCUGCGGUGGAAGGUCCCUCCCGGCGGAUCGCUGCUCCUCGAGUCCGUCUACAGCCGCGAGCCGUACCCGUCCGCGCCUACUCGCGCCUCGCUGGCGGAGCAGCUGCAGACGACUCCCCGGCGAGUGUCGACCUGGUUUCAAAACAAGCGCUCGCGCGACGACCCGUGGGCACUCAAGCGGCACCAGGAGCGCUUCGAGCGGAGCAAGGAGGAGGAGGAGGAGGAGGAGGAGGGGAGCGGCGGCGAAGAGGCCCCGCGCGUGAUCCUCAAGCUGGCGGGUUUCGAGGCGUGGGAGGCGGAGCAGGCGGCAGCGCUUGCUCCACCCCUGCGGCCUAUCAAAGGGAUGGCAGCGCGUGAGCCGUGGAGCAAGGAGGAAGACGAGAAGAUCCUGGCGCUGGUGCGCACACACGGCCGCAGGUGGCGGCUGACCGGCGCGGAGGAGGCUUCCGGCGUGGCAGUGAGCGCCGCGCCGGAAGCUGCGCCGCCGCCCCCCUCCAGCAAGCGCAAGCGCGCGCGCGCGGCGCCAAAGAAGGGCGCCAAGGCGGCGAAGGUGCGCCGGGAGAAGGAGGGCCCGUCGGCGGAGAUGCUCUCGGGCGGGGAGCCGGAGUCGGAGGCGAAGCAGCCAGCGGCGGCGGCGGCGAAGGGGCCGACCGCUGCUCUGGCGGCGGCGCGGGAGAAGAAGGGCGAGGCAGCGCCGCUGCCGCCGCUGCCGCAGUGGCCGCCGCCGUCUCAGGCGGCGCGCCUCGCGGUGGCGGCGUCCUACGCGCAGCUGGCGGCAGCGGCGCUCAACGUGCAGCAGGCGGCGCCUGCCGCGCCGGCCGAGGCCGGCGUCGCGCAGCGAUUCGGCGGCUGGUAG